GCCAUGUUAGCGGCAACAAUGUGUGAUAAAUGGGUCGUGAUGGAUGUUUCCCGAGCCAGGUGGAGGAGGCGGGAGUUGGGAGCUGUGAACACACGGCCCUCACUCGCGUCCCUUUGCCCCUUGGGAGUGAGGUCUGAAAGUGCAGCGUGCGAUCGAAAAUGUAGAUAGAGAAAAGUGUUAUGUUAAUAUAACAUUUGUUUUUAAAGAAAUAUUAAGUGAAGAAGUCGAUUGUUUUUAUUCGAAACGAUCUUUGGAUGUGAUAUCGUUAAUAUUAUUUAAGGGACGUGUAUUAAAGUCCCUCAUAAGGUCUCUCUGAAUCUGUGGCUUUCGGUACGUUAAGGAUCGUUAAACAAAACACUUUACCAAACUUCCUCUAAGUAAAUCUGUAGACUCUACUCACACAAAAGGAUCUCCAGACAGAACAUUUCAAUACCCUUUUUCUUAAUACCGAGUGAACGUGCGGAUUGCCGGCUUAAGGAUAUUUCUUCAAGAUGAGUAACGGGGAGACGGUGUCAGGGUGGGAGAGCGCUAGUGCGUUAUACGUAAUGCUAGCUGUUAUCUUAUUCUCUCUGCUCAACUAUUUCAAAGGCGAUUCCUUGUGCAGAUGGCUCUCCGCAGUCCAGCAGUUCAGCACGACGAAGCCAGCCGUGAAGUUGGAGGAGGUGAAGAAGCAGUUGUUCGUCGGCCUCGGGAGGGAGGUGUCACAUGACCCUUUGCUCCGGGAGAAGGGUGCCAUCAGGAUACUGGAGAUCGGCGUAGGAACAGGUUCUAAUUUCACGUACUACCCUCCCGACACACACCUGGUCGUGGUGGAUCCCAACCCGAACUUCGCCAGUUAUUACCACGCAAACAGAGACAAGUUCAGCCACAUCCAUUGCGAAAAGUUGAUAACGACCACAGGUGAACGCAUGGACAUGGUGCCUGAUAACAGCGUGGACGUAGUUGUGAUGACGCUGGUUUUGUGCACCAUUGAAGACCCUUGCAAAAUUCUGCAGCAGAUUAUUCGGGUCCUUGUGAAGCGUGACGUAGUUGUGAUGACGCUGGUUUUGUGCACCAUUGAAGACCCUUGCAAAAUUCUGCAGCAGAUUAUUCGGGUCCUUGUGAAGAGAUACAAAAAUAACAACGCCGACUACCCGAAACUACAAGUUCGAGAAUGA